CAUCUUUAUAAAUAUGAGCACUCGUCUCUCUGUACAUAGAGAGAGUGAGAGAUAACGCGCGGGCGCUAGCUAGCUAGCUCUUAAUGUGAUAUGUAUACACAAUUUUUCCUUUAUCUGUCAAGGAAUGGGUAAAUGCAUGGUUGAGAGAAUUAAUUGAGUUUCAGUUAUAGAUAUAUAGCUGGCUGAGACGACCAGUUAGCCAUCGUCGGUCGACGACCAAUCAGAUCAAUCAGUUAACUAAUUAUGGAUCAGGAGAAGGCGGACGGCGGCGGCAGGAGGAGGAGGAGCAGGGCGACGAGUAGCAGCGGCAGCGGCGCGAGCAGCACGGCGGCGGCGGCGGCGGCGGAGAGGAAGGAGAUGGAGCGCAGGAGGCGGCAGGACAUGAAGGGCCUCUGCGUCAAGCUCGCCUCUCUCAUCCCCAAAGAACACUGCUCCAUGUCCAAGAUGCAGGCGGCGUCUAGGACCCAGCUGGGCAGCCUGGACGAAGCGGCGGCCUACAUCAAGAAGCUCAAGGAAAGGGUGGACGAGCUGCACCACAAGAGGAGCAUGAUGAGUAUCACAUCAUCGCGCUGCCGCUCAGGAGGAGGAGGAGGACCAGCUGCUGCUGCUGGCCAGUCGACGAGCGGCGGCGGCGGCGGGGAAGAAGAAGAAGAAGAUAUGACGAGGACGACGGCGGCGGCGGCGGUGGUGGAGGUGCGGCAGCACGUGCAGGAGGGGUCGCUGAUCAGCUUGGACGUGGUGCUGAUCUGCAGCGCAGCGAGGCCGGUCAAGUUCCACGACGUCAUCACCGUCCUCGAGGAAGAAGGCGCCGACAUCAUCUCCGCCAACUUCUCCCUCGCCGCCCACAAUUUCUACUACACCAUCUACUCCAGGGCCUUUAGCUCAAGAAUUGGCAUAGAGGCUUCGAGGAUUUCUGAGAGACUACGGGCAUUGGUAUGACACCUGAGCAGGUGAUCCGGUCUUGAAGGAUUUUGUGAUGGGCUUGGCCCAACUAUAACCUGGGCUAGCUAAGAAUUUCCAAAUGGGCCUGAUCCAAUCACCUCAUGAGUAGUCCAGUAGAUAUCUCGAUAUAUCUCUACUAUUAUAAAAAUUGAAGAUGUUUUUGCCGAUACUUUGGUACGUCAUCCAUGUAUGAGUCGGUUUUUAAGUUCGUUUGCUUUUGGAAAUACAUAUUCGUAU